UCCCUGUUGGAGCUCCAGUAUUUAUAACAAUUUUGUCAGAAGCCUCAGUCCGCCGCUGCUGUUCAUCACCAGCAGGGAGGGUUUCCAGCCGUCGGUAGGGCUGCUUUACUUUUAUUUGUCGUGGAAUAAGAUGCGUGCUCAUUUCAGUUAGGACUCCUCUUGUGCAUUUUUGGAUAUAUUUCCUAUAAUGUUUGCGAGUGGCAGCCGUCUACCCAUUGCACUGCAGUGGUGCGCAGCUUCGCCUGGAGAAACACCUGUGCGCCUCUGCUUCCUCUCCACUGGCCACAGUCAUGAAUGUUGAGUAGGGGUUCGCUUUACCCAAAGGUGGUGUUAGAUAACGGGAGUCAGUCCGUCCUAAAAGCAGCAAAGAGGAAUGUGGGGGCGUCUUGUUGCUGUCAGAGAGGAUAUAGGGGGGAUCUGUUGGAACAGGAUCACCCGACCAUUUUUGGUGAGAGACCAUUGUGGAGUUAUGAUCACUGUUGACGCAUUGCAUAGACUCCUCGUGUUUUGGCUGCUGGUCCAUUAUCAUUAUAUAAUCAUGCCCAUGUAAUCCAGUUUUUUACUUAGGCAGCAUACGAUUACACAGACUACAGCCCCCCCGAGGACCCAUUUAUGCAGCCUACAGCUGAGCAACCUAUGAAUGUCUAUUAUAAAUGUGGACCACAGAUACCCUAAGGUGCGGUGUCUGUCUGCAUUUGUCUGAAUGAACAAGAGAGGGAGCAGCACAAAUACCGCACAGGCAGACACCAUGCGAGAAAAAACCUCCCCUCAUCCCUGAAUGCAGAAAUGUUAGGACUGGAGACCGAAUGUGUCAUAUCAAAUCAGCAGACUGUUUACAGUAGGGGGGGCUGAUAAGAGCUGCCUGACACUAGAUUCACAAACACCCCGUGUGUGCUUUAAGGCCUCUUUCAAUCAGCAUCAAGUAAGACGCGUUAACUCAUCUUUCAUCAGCACUUUCUUUCCAUCAGACUCAGCGAUUUCAAGAAGAGCCGAGAUGGAGUGGUCACUAGAGAGGGUGAGGGAGAUACUGGCUGGAGGGAUGCAGUGUGUGAGGGAGUGUCAGUGUUGUGCUUUUGCCACAGCCAUAUGUGUGCUGCUGCUCUUUGCCUGGUAUUGUUACAGGAUGGGCCGAGAGCACGGCUCUGACCCCUUGCGCAGGAGGUACGGCUUAGACCACAGCCAUAUGAGAGGGGUCAGAGGGGCCUUGAUCAGUUCAGAGGGCUGCGGCAGGAAAGGGCGGAAGUCCUCGGUGGAAGAGCAGAACGGCUUUGCUUACUGCCAGUCCUCAGAGUGCUUCCGCUGCACCGCCAGCGGAGAGGGGCUAAACCAGAGACUGUACCACAGUCUGCAGGAUUACGCCAAACGCUACACCUGGUCAGGCAUGGGCCGGGUGCACAAAGGGGUUCGCGACCAAGGCCGGUACCUCAGCAGCCGACCCACCAUCCAGCGGCCGGAGGUCUUCUUCCUCCCGGACCUGCCCUCGGCACCUUUCUUCUCCCGGGAUGUGCAGCGGCACGAUGUGGAGCUGCUGGAGCGGAGCUUCCCGACACUCCUGGCCGAGUUUGAGAACAUCUACCACCACCCUCCGGCCCGGGGCGGCUCCUCCCUCCCUCCAGGAUGGAAAGCCAACAGCACCCCUCACGGCCAGUGGUGGACCUACUACCUGGUCAACCAAGGCACUCCUCUGGCGCUCAACGUCAGGAGGUGUCCACGAGCCUGGAGGGUGCUGGGCCAGCUGCGCACCUUCAUUGCCAACAACGUAUUUGGAAACGCCUGCUUCUCUGUGCUGACACCCGGAGCUCUGAUCACCGAACAUUACGGACCGACCAAUGUCAGGCUGCGCUGCCACCUGGGUCUCAGAGUGCCCGCUUCCUGUGAGCUUGUGGUUGGCGGAGAGCCGCAGUGCUGGUCUGAGGGCAGCUGUCUCCUUUUUGAUGACUCCUUCCUCCACAGGGCCUUCCAUGAGGGCAGCGCAGAGGACGGCCCCAGGGUCGUCUUCAUGGUGGACCUCUGGCACCCCAACGUGGCCGCUGCAGAGAGGCAGGCUUUGGACUACAUUUUUACCCCCGGCCGCUGAGAGGAGGAAGAGGAAAACAGGCGUGAGUGGGAAACCAUGUCCAAGCAAGAGACGGGUGACAUUUAGCGAGCAGCAGUGUCUGUAGGAUUGGGGAGCAACUCUUUUUCAGCCUCCAGCCCAACACUCACAUUCACUGUGUACAUAUUCUCUGUCAUUUUCUCUUGCUCAUUGUAAGUCCUCUUAGCAGCUAUAGACUGACCAAACAGUGGGCCUCUUUUAUCCGUUUGUUCAUAUGUUGCUUGUGUAUUUACAUGUAAAACGCAGCCAUGCUUGCUCCAAAAACUUUCAUUUCCCUGACAAAUGUGAGUAGGUCCAUCACUCGCUCUGUAGCCAUUUUAUUGACACUCAUUAAUGCAGUGGCAGGGGAAUCCUUCUGCACAUCUGUUGUUUUUAUUUAAUUUUGAAUCCAAACGAUAGCUAAUUGUCCCAUCACCUCUCAUAUGAUAAAUGAUCUGAUAGGAUCAUUUGAAAAAUUAUAUCCUUGUAAUCGCUCACCACAAACUAUAUUUAGCCUUUUAUUAAAUCAAAUCAUAGGAAGGAGAAGUGACCACCUAUUUAGAUGUCCAUCAAAUUUUCAAUAUGAAAUUUCCUUUAUCUUUGAGUCUGGCAAAUGUUCCCUCCAGUGGUUUAUCAGUCGCAUAAUGACUGGAAGAAAUUCUGGGCCAAGUUGAGCUUCGAUAUGCACCUCGUAUCAGUUAUUUAUGAUGCCUAUCUGUGUUUUUCAUUGCGGCCUGGUUUGGUUUAACAAUGCCGGUAGCGAGCACAUUACAUUAUGACUGACUCAUGUCCAAGUCUUUAACAAGCCACGCAAUAAAGUGUCACUCUGUUGCUGUUGUGCUUCACGUCGUACAUGGUCCUUUUAUUGCAGGGCGGCUUGUUCUAUUAGCUGUACAUGAAUUAAAAUCAACGAUGAGGCGUUUAUGGUCCCGAACUCUAGCCAGGCGUUAUGAAAGAUGGAGUAACCCUUAAAGAAAACAUUUUGCUAAAGUUAAUGAUCUUAUUACUUAACACUUAGCUGACAUAUAACACAUAAUACUAAUUGCUUCACACUUAGUAUAACACCUACAUUUCUGCAAGGGCUAUGAGAUGUUCGAUCAUUGCUGUGGAUGGAAGCUGAGAAUGGAAGAAGUAUUCACUUUUUUUGUAUUACUCAACAUACCCAGUCAUCCUUUAUCGAUAGUGGAUGUUCAAACUUUGAUUCAUAACAUGACAAAAAAGAUUGUCAGUGGGUUUGCACAUUUACCUUGAUACACUACCAAAACACCCACUGUCACAUUUAUAACAUAAUGUAGACUAUUUCAAUAGCCAUGAAUGGACAGACAAUCUCCUGCUUGCAGAAAGAGGAAAUAUUUGAAGUGAAUGUGAAUGAUACAAAGCCAAAGUUUAGUAGUAGGCAUUAGCUCUACAGUGGUGGUUGCAUUUAGGCCUACUGGACUAAGGUUUACAAUUCAAACAUCACAUCACAUUAGAUAACAAAAACAUCUAGUUGCAUCUUUUCCUCAUUAGUAAGUAGAUGUUGCCUGAUUUGGGUGAGAGACUGUAGUUCAACAAGCAAGGGUCACUUUGUGAGGCUAUUUUUUGAGGUUGAGCUACUUAAGUGACACACUUAGGCUCUUAUAACAUGCUGAUCAAACGGCAACAGAUAUCUAAAUUUGUCUAUUCGUCAUGAUAGUCGCUGCAUGUGCACACACAGUGUUAGAAUGUUUACCAGAAAAUCUCAUAUCCUUAAACCUCCUUUGUGUUGUGUUUAGCAUUUCCCAAGCAAUUUCUGAAUGAAUUUGCUCAUAUCUUGCUUGAUAAGUGAGGUCCAAUGUCUGACAUCACAUGAAUGUUUUACGGACACAGCCCUUAUCUCUGACAUUAACCCUGCCGGUGUGUGAUACUUUAUUGUGCUCUCCUUUUGAAAAAUCGAUCCUGCUUUCACAAGACGUGGUUAGAGAAGCACAUUUUUAGAUCAGAUCUUGUGAGUCGGCCUGUGCUGUAACACCGGAGAAGUGUUUUUGGUAAAUUUACUAAAUUCUUGUAAAUUGCUUGUAUUUGAUAUCAGGUUUGUAUUUCUGUAAAUAGGGUUGGAGUAAAACUGAUACAAUCUGACAUGUUUUGAAAUGAUUGUCUUAAACGCUGUAGGUAUUGUGUUGUCUUGAUUUCCAGGUAAAGUGACCGCACUUCAUUCUCCGCUCCCAAAAAACCAACCAUGAAGAGGUCAUUUUGAUAGAUUCAAUUUGUAGGCUCUAGAAUAUGUUUAUCAAGUGAUAUCGCUAUUGUUCGGUGAUGUUUUUUUCUGUUGAAACAUUCUGUAAUUUUGCAGCACCAUAUGGUAACGGCAUCCAUUAUUAAAGCCACAAUCCUUAAUUCGUAAACAGCAUAUCAUCGACAUAUGCGCACAAUCUUCGGGUAAGGUGUUGUUGCAAAUGGAAUAUAACAUUUUUGAAGCUUUGUCAACCCAUCGCAAUUCAAGAGGCCAAGCUAUUCAUAUCUAAUGUUUACAAACAAUAUGAACAUGUUCAAACUGUUUACAACAUCAAAACACAUGACACUCACAUUGAGCUGUCCAUAAAUAGGUCUAAAUCAAGAGUGCUGUCAGUCCACGUUAGAAUAUUUAAAUUGUCAUUCCCCAUGCAUUAGCUUUAUAGAUAUGAUGGGGCUACCAUUUCGUUUACAUUUGGAUUAAGGAUUGGGCCUUUAACUCAUUCUUGUGUGGAUUUUGAACAGUAUUUCUGUACAUUUAAUAAAUGGCCAAUCUUAUUUAA